GACCGCCCAUAUCGCCACCUCUCCCGUCCUCGACACCUUCUCUUCUCUCUUCAGCAUGUUUGUCUUGCCAUUGUUGGCCCUUGCCACAGUUAGUGCUGCGCAAGCUAUCAACUACGACCUCGCCCAUAAUGCCACAUCAAUCGUCGGAACAUGGUCCACGGGCUCUAAGCAUGUCGUCACUGGCGCGGGCUUUGCGAAUCCCUCCCAAGAAAGCUUCAUUUAUCCGAACACAACUGGAGAAAGCUACUCUUUCUCUGACGAUGGCUGGUAUGAGGUAGCCCGAUACCGAUUCACAUCGAAUGCCACUGAGCCCAAUUGCAUUGUCGGUACGGUUGUCUGGGUGCAUGGGAAGUACACGCUGGUCAACAACGGUUCUAUUAUCCUCACCCCGGCUGGUGACGGAUACCAGCAAGUGCAAGCUCCGUGCGCGGCAGUUUCGAACUUCAUCCAAAACUACAACUUCACGGAAUUGUACCAGUCGUGGCGAAUCUUCAUGGACCCGACCUUGGGCCCCAAGCUCCACCUCUUCAAAUUCGAUGGGUCGCCCGUCGCUCCUCAGUUCCAGCUGUCGACGACGCCGAACAUGCUCCCGAAGCAGGCUCUGAGGAACGUCACGGGCAAUAUCGUUACUGCGACCAGCGAUGGCUUGGUCACGACUCAGACCAAGCGUUCCACCCCGAAGAAGCGUAGUGCCGCGCAAGGACUUCGUCCUGCCGGGGCGGUGGCUGGUCUACUUGUGAUGGGUUCCGUCGCCACGCUCCUCUUCUGAGUGCUGGAGGUAUUUCCGUAGUUGGACGAUUUUAUCUAGCCCUAUAUUAUUGACAGCAUUCAUGUCCACGCCGCUAUAUACCUGACGCAAAGACCAGUUUGACUACUGGCGCGCCGCUCGUUUAACCUGUUUGAUGCCCUACCGUGCGAAUUCCCCACUCACUUAAGUAGCCACGUGCAGCUGUGAUGGACCAAGUAUUCCUUCUCUCUUUCGUUCAUCUUCAAAUUCCAGUCUUAAAGCCGUCCUAGUUUGACCUCUUUCAGUGGGCUGCUUCAUUCUUUUUGUACUUCCAUUUCUUCUAAUCGUUGUAUACGACGACAAACAUGCCAUACGUUACAAUUUUUUAUCU